AUGACUGGUAUUGCAGUCACAAUGUUUUGGAUUCCAAUAAUGGUGCUCAAACGCCUCAGAAGCAUUUACAUUGAUGGCCUCGUAAAUGGGGUAGACAUAAAGGGAUUCACGGAUGACUUCAGCGUUCAGGCUAAAGCUCAAACCACUGUGGCAAGUGUCAUUCUGGCAGUCAAUGCCUCCAUUCUCGCCAUCCCGGGUCUAGGCACACAAAUCGCCACAAAGACGUUAUGCUCCAUCUCCUUCAUAUUUAGUGUCUACUGUAUCCUUGGGUGCACGAUAGCACAAAACUUCGGCCAUAGGCUGAGAUCCCUUGAUUUUGUGGUGUACUACCUGCAAGGGAAGAUGGACUGCCACAGUUUGGCAUUUUCCAUCCUUGGGUUUCUUGCUGGUAUCUUUACAGUUGAUUUUGGGCUACCCUUGUCCGCAAAGAUAGGCUGCGGGCUGGCCCUCGUUGCGGGAGGGGGCCUUAUACUUCCAUUGAUGAUGGCCAGUUUUGAUCCAGAUAUCUGGUCUCGUUGUCAGGACAGUACUAAAACCUGGCCAGUGGUAGCAUUCAUCCACAAGCUGUUGCACGAUCACCAUUGCUGUCAGGGUUGCCCAGAUACACCCCCCCUUCAGCUCAUGUGCAACUCAGGUGUCAAGCUCCAGACUGAAUUAAGCGUUCUAUCCUUUUUGCUCAAAGAUCGUGUCUAUCCCGGUGAUCUUUGGAAAAUCAUUGGGGAGCGCACUAUCGAAGUAAAGCAGGAGGUGAUGUUAAUUCAACACCAGAGCACCUGCAUUGGUGGAUCAAAGGGGAAAAGGCAUGUAAUGAUAGAGCAUCUUCUCAUGGAGGAGAGGAAGAAACGGGGCCAGAUGGAGGUGUCUCUGUAUAGCCAGGCCAUUGAACACUUGCAGCAACACCGGCUGCAUAAGCUUGUCAACUUUGGCACAUAA